UUAGCAUGUGGUUUCUAUUUCCUAUUUUCGUUAGUGCACCUUUUUAAUUCUUAGAUUUCUUAGCAAGGAAUAAAUUAUCUCCUUGUCCUGAAAUAUUGUAAUCAUAAGACUUGGUUUAGGAAGUGCUGCUUAGAAUGCCAUGCUGUCUUUUUAAAAAAAAUUAAGGGCUGUCUUGUCUGGAAUGAGAAUUUUUAUCUCCGAGAGUGCUGUUUUUGUGUGACAUGUAUAAUAAAGAAAACAAGUGUAUGGAAUCUGUAGACUGAGUUUGUAUCAUUUAAUUAGUAGCUGGACAUUACCCCGUAGGAAGUCUGGCAAGGUUUUUGUGUGUGUGUAUGUGUAUGUUGUCUGCUUUCUUUGAUCACUUGUGUGGUAAAUAGACAUGCAGAGUAACUAUGGCAACAUGUGCUGUAGGUUUGUGGGAACAGAAGGGAUUCAAUCACUGGACAAAGGCCAGUUUGUUAGAAUAGUUGGUUAUGAUCAGAAAAAGGUGUCACCAAACAGGACAUUUAAAAACAUAAGUUUUGAAAAACUCAUAUAUCUUUUACUAAUUGGAAAAUAACAUUUACUUUUGUAGCUAUGAAAGAUCAUGCCAUGUUCAAGGGUGGAUCUGGAGAAGGGAAACAAGAAAAAAAUCUGAGUAUAAAAUGAUGCUAUGUGAUUACUAUGCAGUAUAUGUCUUUUGUAAAACUGCCUUUGAACCAAAUGCACAUAUUAGGGCAGGCAUUAAACGUUUUAAAAAUAAAUCUUUAAAUAUUUAAACUAGUCAGUGGUUUGUGUAUUACAGCAGGAAACUGGCCUUCUACAGUGUCUAAAAACAAGUCUUUGUAAAACCAGUGAUCAAGAUACUGUACUUAUUUCAGUUACCUACCUGUAGAGGUCAGACUUGAAGUUCACAAAAACUUUACAUGAUAGAAUUUAAACCAGAGUUAAAACAGUAAACAUUCCAGAGCAGACUUCUUUAUUAACUUUAUACUGAAUUAAUUAAUUAUCAUUUUAUAAAUAGCAUAUGAUUAAAUAGUCUGGUGUGCAUAAUCAGCUUGGAAUAAAUAAAAAAGGAACCUUCUCCCCUAUCUUUAACAGAACCAAACCUAAACCUUUUAUUGGGUUCUAAAUUAUUUAGUGUAUAUCUCUCUCACUAAUCCCCAACAGGCCUUCUACCUUUGAUGAAAUGCAUCUCAGGUUCUCAGAAUGUCUGGCAUUCUUUGCUGGGCUAACUGCUGACUUCCAAUCUAACAAAUUCCAGGGCUUCUGGGGGAUCAAGGGUGGGGGCAGUGCAUUCUGGACUGCUUCUAACCUGGGGAAGCCUUUGCACUCAGUUCAAAACAGUUCCAGACCUUAGAGCCCAUCAACAGAAUAGCUCCAAAGAUAGCUGAUCAGCUUCCCUGGAUUUCGCUGACGACACAGGAAAGCUUUGCUUGAAGAUGGAAACACUGGAGUCGGAAUUGACCUGCCCUAUCUGUCUGGAGCUGUUUGAAGACCCACUGCUGCUGCCUUGUGCUCACAGCCUCUGUUUCAACUGUGCGCAUCGCAUAUUAGUCUCCCACUGUGCCACCAACGAAUCAGUGGAAUCCAUCACUGCCUUCCAGUGCCCUACUUGUCGUUAUGUCAUCACUCUCAAUCAACGUGGUCUAGACGGAUUGAAGCGCAACGUCACUCUGCAGAACAUUAUCGACAGAUUUCAGAAAGCUUCAGUGAGUGGGCCCAAUUCUCCUAGCGAAACCCGCCGAGAGCGGGCAUUUGAUAGCAACAGCAUGUCAUCCAGUGAAAAAGUUCUGUGCCAGUUCUGUGACCAGGACCCUGCCCAGGAAGCAGUGAAGACGUGUGUCACUUGUGAGGUAUCCUACUGCGAGGAGUGCCUCAAAGCGACUCACCCGAACAAGAAGCCGUUCACGGGCCACCGUUUGAUAGAGCCCAUUCCGGACUCUCACAUCCGAGGAUUAAUGUGUCUGGAGCAUGAAGACGAGAAAGUUAACAUGUAUUGCGUGACUGAUGACCAGUUAAUUUGUGCCUUGUGUAAACUGGUUGGACGGCAUCGUGAUCAUCAGGUGGCAGCUUUGAGUGACCGCUAUGACAAAUUGAAGGGGGGAAUGGUGGAGCAGCACUCCAGAUGUUCAGAUGCUUUCUCAAACAUCGCGUCUAAAAACUGGACUAAAAGUCUCAUGCAAACAGGAUGUCAUGAGAUUUCUGUUUCUGGCUGGCAAAAUUUGGAGAAUAAUCUCACAAACCUUAUUAAGAGGAACACUGAACUGGAAACUCUGUUGGCUAAACUCAUUCAAACCUGCCAACAUGUGGAAGUGAAUGCAUCACGACAAGAAACCAAGCUGACAGAGGAAUGUGACUUACUUAUUGAAAUAAUCCAACAGAGACGACAAAUUAUUGGAACCAAAAUCAAAGAAGGGAAGGUGGUGAGACUGAGAAAAUUAGCUCAGCAGAUUGCAAACUGCAAACAGUGUAUUGAGCGCUCCACAUCGCUCAUCUCUCAGGCUGAACAGUCUCUGAAGGAGAGUGAUCAUGCACGCUUCCUGCAGACUGCUAAAAAUAUCACAGAGAGGGUCUCCAUGGCUACGGCAUCAUCCCAGGUGUUAAUCCCUGAAAUUAAUCUCAAUGAUACUUUCGAUACGUUUGCGCUUGAUUUUACCCGGGAGAAAAAAAUGUUGGAAUGCCUUGAUUAUCUUACAGCUCCUAACUCUCCAACUAUUAGAGAAGAACUCUGUACAGCUUCUUACGACACAAUCACUGUCCACUGGACCUCAGAUGAUGAGUUCAGUGUGGUCUCUUAUGAGCUGCAGUACACCAUCUUUACUGGGCAAGCAAAUGUGAUUAGUUUAUGUAACUCAGCCGACAGUUGGAUGAUUGUUCCAAAUAUCAAACAAAAUCACUACACCGUGCAUGGGUUACAGAGUGGCACUAAGUACAUCUUCGUUGUCAAGGCCAUUAAUCAGGCAGGCAGCCGGAACAGUGAGCCUGGCAAGCUGAAGACAAACAGCCAGCCAUUUAAACUGGACCCCAAAUCUGCCCACAGAAAGUUGAAGGUGUCACAUGAUAACCUGACGGUGGAGCGUGAUGAAACUUCUUCCAAAAAGAGCCACACACCUGAGCGCUUCACCAGCCAAGGGAGCUAUGGAGUAGCUGGAAAUGUGUUUAUUGACAGUGGACGGCAUUACUGGGAAGUGGUUAUAAGUGGGAGUACAUGGUAUGCAAUUGGUAUUUCUUACAAGACAGCACCAAAACAUGAGUGGAUUGGAAAGAAUUCUGCCUCUUGGGUGCUUUGCCGUUGUAAUAAUGCCUGGGUGGUGAGACAUAAUAGCAAAGAAAUUCCUAUAGAGCCUGCUCCUCACCUCCGUCGUGUUGGGAUUUUGCUGGACUACGACAAUGGUUCUCUUGCCUUUUAUGAUGCUUUGAACUCUCUACACCUUUACACCUUUGACAUAACAUUUGCACAGCCUGUGUGCCCCACGUUCACAGUGUGGAAUAAAUGUUUGACAAUUAUAACGGGCCUGCCUAUCCCAGAUCACUUAGACUCCAUUGAGCAGCUUCCGUGACUGCUAAAAGCAAAGGGAUAUAAUGCCAGCUUUCUGAUGGACUGCAAAAAUUCUGCCCACAGGACCUUCAGUGGAGCUAUUUGACAAUGUGGCAUACAAAACAUCCCAGAUGGCUCCAGCCAGAACUGAAUGUGGGUAUCUCUCUUUGCUGUGUAUUUUGUAUUAAAGGGCAAGAUGUGGCUUUAAUAAUUUCUCGGAACUAUUUUGUAUUUAGUCUCUUACAGGAAGAUUUAUAAAUUAUUUAUAUAAAGAACUCCUCAAUUUGGCUAUCUGGAUUAAAGUUCAUUGUUUUUGCACGAUAAGGGCCCCAUUCACAAACCUUUUCUACACUUUUGUUUUUACAAGGGGAUAACUAGAAGGAGUUUUGUUUCCUGGAAACUGUGCAACGGACACAUUGAUAUACUGUUGAUGUUACAUUGAACUCUGAUCUUACUGUGUGCAGCAUCUCUCAACUUCAGUUUUGUGCACCAGAAUGUGCAUACCAAAAAAGUGAAAUAAAAUAAACAGGGAAGGAAAUGGAGUUUUCCAGUACAACAAAAAGAAGAAGGGUUUAUUUACUUCUGUUCAUGAAUAGGUCUGCAUGUUAAACUUAUUCACAAAGAAACAUGGAAUACCUUCUGGAAA